AUGGGGUUGCAAGAGAAGGACCUGCGACCCGUGACGUCAAGCAUAUACGGUUUUACCGGCGACGUCAUCGCAUUAAAAGGAAUGAUCAAACUCCCGAUCACCUUGGGAACCGCCCUAGUAACAGCCAAGUCAAUGGCUGAUUUUGCAGUAGUCGACCAGUAUUCGGCAUACACUGCCGUGAUUGGUCGACCACUCUUGAAGGAGAUGAAGAUCAUAACCUCAAUCUAUCAUCUCACAAUAAAAUUCCCUACUCCCACCGGAGUAGGUUCUGUGCGAGGAGUCCAGUCAGACUCACGAGAAUGCUACAAUGCAGCAGUCAAGCUCGCGGAGAAAAAGUCACUGAAUGUUAUCUAUUUAUUGGAGGCACCACCUCCUCGCCAGGAGGUCCUCAGAAUCGAGGAGGUACCACACAUGGAUGAACCAGAUUUGGAUCCGAGGGUCCUUGAUCAUGCCGCAGUAGCCCAACACGCGAAAGACACCAUUGAGAUAUGGUCGGAAUAUCUCCGUAGGUCAUGUGUCAUUGCUUGA